UAGUUGAUUUGUAAACGUCGUCGUGUAUAGAUAUUUUACGUUUGGUGUGUUAUUCGUUUCAAUAUUCGGGCGGAAAGACCACUAAGUAGCCAAUUAGCCGAUAGAAUCAUUGCAUUAAAAAAAGGCAAUAAACGAAUAAAGUGUAAAAUCGAGGAAAAUCGUGUAAAAUCGUGUAAAAUCGCCAUAAAAAAGUGUUUACAUGUGUUUAUUAUUAAUUAAAAGUGUCACAACACCGCCCAAAAGGCGAUGAACGAGCGAAAACGCCGAUAAAUAAAUAUCGCUGGGUGUCACUCUAAAUAAAUAAAUGUUUCCUUUUCGUCCACAGUGCCACAUAAAUAAAUAAUAAACCAAAAAACGAGUGAAGAAAAAGUGGUUAAUUCAACCUUUUUGUAGCAGUUGUGUAUCAGUAAGUGUGUGCGUUUGCAACAAAGUCCAUCGCGUGUCAACACUGGUGAUCGAUGAGCACAGAAAAAAGAAAAUUACAGCACAACAAAGGUAUAAAUAAGUAAUUUAAUAAUAAAGCAGAGAAAUAAAGAUAUAUGAAAUAGUGAAAAGUGAAAUUACAAAUACACCUUGCUCAGGUACUUAUUAUGGGCACCGCUACGCCCGUCAGGAGCCCACAUAUAUGAGCUCACCGAUAAUUGAGUUGCCUAGUUGAAAUCGACAGUAAAUUAGUUAUAGAAUAAUAAAGACAACCGCAAUAAUUGUAGCAACAACGACAACACUCGACCGUCGCGAUGUCGAUGCGCAGCAACAAAUUGAACUCUUCGCAGUCGUCCGCUUACCCGCCGCCGCCGCAAUCGCCACAGUUGCAGUAUAUGCCACAUCAUCAUCAGCAUCAGCAACAGCUGCUGCAACAAUUGCAGCAACAACAUAAAUUCCAACAACAACAACAGCAAUUAUCGCAAUCGCCACCAAGCGUCUCACAGCUGCAACUUCAGCAACAGCAACAGCAACAUCAUCAUCAUCAGCAGCAGCAGCAUCAGCAACACCAACACCAACACCAACAGCUCCAGCAACUCCAACCAACGAAUGCCACCAACAGUCGCAACAAUUUGGCCACACUCGUUGCCGCCAUUAACAAUGAGAACAACUAUCAGUUGUCAGCGGCCACAGGCAAUUCGCCAGCCAUAAAUGUCCAAUCGCCGCCCUCAUAUUCUGCAGCCAUAGCUGCUAACAACAGCGUCGGCGGGGUGGUCGGUGGCAGUAUGAGUGCGCCCAUACUCGAUGCUGGCCAUAAGUCGAAUGCUUCACCAUUCCAAUUUUUAAAUCACUACCAAGCACAGGAGCUGGCUAACUUGCCAAACGCACAGUUGGUGGUGGACACCGGCGGUGGCGGCGGCGGUGGUGUUGUUGGCGCUGAGGAGGAUGUCGAAGAGUUGGAUCCACAGCAGCAGCUAUGUGUCGUUGCCAAAAUGCAGAAAUCUGUUACAAUUACCGUUACGCCGCAGCGUAGCAACUCCAUGGACUAUUUAAACUUUGAGGAGAAGCGUCAGUUGAUCGCAUCGUCGUUGUCCUUAUCGGACAUUUUGCAUUGUAAUCCAGCUGCGGCUGGCAAGGAGGCGACUGCCAAUGCUAAUGGUGAGUUGUCCCCAAACCACCAAAAUCCACAAUUCUCUACACUGCAAUCCCCCAAAAAGCAAAAUGGUGCUGCCCUGCGUACAAACAGUCUUGGCUCCGGUACACGCACACCUCCCCUUGAACGCAAAAGCAAGUUGAGUGCUUUGGGGCGCUUCUUUAAGCCAUGGAAAUGGCGGCGGAAAAAGAAGAGCGAAAAAUUCGAAGCAGCUUCCAAGUCACUUGAACGCAAAAUAUCAGUACGUGCCAAUCGUGAGGAGCUUGUACAAAAGGGUAUACUGCUGCCAGAGAGUCCACUGGGGAAUAUACAAGAGCCAGGCGAGGACUCUUAUUACAAUUCAAGCGCUAACACAUCAAACAAUAUCGCCAAUGGCUCCAUACUUUCGGUCGUUAAUAAUAAUAACAACAACAACACCAAUAGCAAUAGCAGCAGUAAUGGCAGUGCAUUACAAAAUUCCAUAAAUACCACGGCAGCUGGAAGUGCUGGUGGGCCACUUAUAAGCAACCAGCAACAGUUGCAACAACAACAACAACAACAGCAACAGCAGCAACAACAAAUGAGUGGUGUGCCCUCUUCAAUAUCGGUGCAACAAUUUAAUGCAAUGAACGGCGGUGGUGCCAACAAUGGUGGUGGUGGUAACGGCGUAAACACUUCCAGUGGGUCGGGCUGUGGCACUAACGGACAAGGUGGUGGAACAGGUGGCGUUGGUGGUGGCGGUGAUGUGUCGCCCAUGUCGAAUGUGCCACAUUCUCAGUCAGCGCCACAUCAGCUGGGGCAACCGCCACCGCUUACUCCGCUGGCGCAGCAUCACCAGGCGUUGGCGCAACAGUUGCAGCAGCGAUUUGCCAUAAGCAAUAAUAAUGAAACGCGAAAAGACAAGACUGAUGCACCACACGUUGGUGGUGGUGGUGGUGGUGGUGGCGGUAGUGGUGGUAUUGGCAAACUAUCACCCAAUACCGAGCAACCCUUAGGCCAGAGUUCAAUUUCUGGUGUUGGCACGCACUCCCAUCAUGCACACGUGACACACGGCAACGGAAAUAGUGGCAACACUGGCGUUCGUGAUCAGCAUGUUGGUGUUGGUGGUCAUAAACAGAAUUCUAAAUUGGAACGUCCCAAUACCCUUGGCGGCACCAACCAAGUGUCACGUCGCAUAAACAUUUGUUAUCAUAAUGAGCAUUAUCCAGAUGGUGGCCCUGGCGUGAAUAAUGUUAUAGGCGGACCGCCUGGCAGCACACCACCACCAUACACGUCCGAUGGUAAAAUGACCAAUGCCCAAGGUGGCGGUGGUGGUGGUGGUGACGGACGUGAUUGUCGUGAUGGCCGUGGUAAUGUUGGCGCUGGUGGUGUUUUACUUUCCGAGUUGCCAGAACCACCGAUACCAGUAUCCGAAAUUGGUCCAAUCCCACCGCCGCCCAUGUUCUCUACACCGAGUCCAACAUUAAUAGCUGGCCGUCCACAUGGGCCGGGUGCGAUGAAUGAUCAAGGUUAUCAGGAUUACGAUUAUGAUGAUCAAGAACCGGAUGAUGAUCAAUUAGACUCGGACGAGGAGUAUAUGUUCCAGUUGCGGCAGCAACAACAAUCAUUACAUCCCAAUCAUGUCGAUACACAGCGCGUUGAGGAAAUUCCAGCCAAAGAGCCAAAACCAAAUGCAGUUCCUCUGAAGUCGGCACUAAAGAAGAAGCCCGGCCAAACGUCCACCUCAUCGCCGGCCACACCCACACAGGACCACAGUAACGCCAAUGGUAAUGUGCAUCAAGGUGGCGGAGGCGGUGCAGCAACCUCGGCUAGUCAACGACCGUUAGUGGUGCGUCAGGAUGCAACAAAUAGUUAUUCGCUAAAGCCAAUACUACGACCACGGAUUAGAAUAUGCAGGCAGCAAGUGUUCAACAUCAAUCUGCCCUGCACCGUUGAGAAUAAGGAGAAUACACGACCGUUUGUGAUACGCGAGAGCAGCAGCGACAGCGACGAGGGUGAUGGACGUAUUUUGUAUCGUGAAGAUGAUAAUGACCGGCAGGCGAAAAUUGCGCGUAAAGAGUCCUUAUCGUUGAAAUUACAGCUGCGACCCGAUAAACAGGAUCUAAUCAAUCGGAAUAUCUUGCAUCAGGUGACCGAUAAUGAGAUAAAAGAGUCUAAGGAGGCGAUUGGCGCACGGCUCAUACGUCGAUUGUCAAUGCGACCCACAGCGGAGGAGUUGGUGGAGCGCAAUAUAUUAAAGACACAAUCACCCGCCGAAGAGAAGAAACAAAAGGAGGAGAAGAAAUCGUAUUUGUUGCGUAAGCUGAGUUUCCGACCCACCGUCGAGGAGCUGAAAGAGAAGAAAAUCAUACGUUUCAACGAUUAUAUUGAGGUGACACAGGCGCACGAUUAUGAUCGACGUGCUGAUAAGCCAUGGACAAGACUGACGCCGAAGGAUAAGGCUGCCAUACGUAAGGAAUUGAAUGAGUUCAAAUCAUCAGAAAUGGCGGUGCAUGAGGGUAGUCGGCAUUUGACAAGGUUCCAUCGGCCAUGACAAAUGCAAGGGCAGCAAACGACACUUGCAACAGCAGCCACGUCAGCAGUAACAUCAGCGAAAAACUCAUUUUCCAAAUGCAACCAACACAAUUUUGUGCUCGAACAGCAGCAUCAACAGCAGCAGCAGCAGCAGCAGAAGCGGCAACAAUUUCAACAGCAACAGCAGCAGCAAAAGUUCGAGCGUGAUGGCAUAAAAACGAGAAAAUGAAAUUUAAGAAAAUAAAAAAGUAAAAAAAAAUACAAAAAAAUUUCAAAACUUCAAAGGCAAAAAAGCAAGAAAAAAAAUGAAAAAUGAGAAAAAUAAGAAAAAAGGGAAAAAAUAAAAAGAGAAAAAAAAAGAAAUGCUCAAAGGCGGCGAAGUAAGAAAAUGAAUGCAGAAAACAAAAUAAAACAAAAAAUUGCAAUACAACAAAAAAUGUGAAUUAGUUUGUUGUUAGGCAGAGAGCAGAGCGGAAAAAGUUAAGAGAAAAUAAAGACAAAUUGCAAAAAAUGGCAAAUAAAUUUCUAUUUCUACAACAAUAAAAACAUAUAACACAGUAAAUAAAUAAAGUAUAAAGUUAAUAGUUUCGAAAAGAAGCAGAAAGAAACCCUUCGAAAAUAAGUAAAAGUAUGAAAGAAGCAUAGAAGAAGAUGUAGCAAGAAAGUAGUAGCAAACAAAGAAGUUUAAAACAAAUGCGACAGUAGAAAGUGAGGAAACUGUGCAACAAAUGGGGGUAAGGCGACCAAAAGCCCCAUAAAUAAAUAAAUAAAUAAAUUAACAGUUGACGACAAUUGCAACGACAGCAACAACAACAGCAGCAGCACCGCUGACAAUAGUUAUGAACGACAAAGCAUUUGGGGUUUCAACAACAACACCAACAGCAAAACAACAAUAACAUAAUCACAAACAGUAAAAGGACAACAAGGACACUGGCGCUGCUGGGCAAUCUAAACCUGACAACUUGUCCAGUUAUGCUGACAGCUGUGCCAUGCACGAAGUGGCCGAAAUAAAUAUCAAUUUGAAAUCGUUACUUGUUUUUGCUGCAACAAUAACAACAUGCAAAAGUGGCAACAAAUCGACUUGAAAUGCCUGAAAUGCCGGCAGCAGAGAGCAACUGAGCAAAGCCGAAAAACAGUUUGUGGCGAACAGGAAAACUUCGUUGGUUGGUUUUUUUUUUUUUCAAAAUUUAGUCAACGAGCGGCAAAUUGCAGGCUGGUAGUAUUCAAAAUAUGCUUAGUAUGCGCUUAGAGAGGCCAUUUAUACCGUUAAAAAGCCACGAAUGCGAAAGCAAAAAUUUUCAUUCCAAUAAAAAUAUAAGCAGAAGCAAAAAAAAAACAACAAUUAAAACGAGAAACAUAAUUAUAAAAAACAAAUGACGCCUGACCUGAAUUUGAAGGCGUAAAUUAAAACAACAACAACACCCACUCAAAGACAACUGCACUAUCUAUCAAAAAGCAGAAGAAGCAGAAACACAAAAGCAACAGGACUUAUCAUUAGCAACAGUCAGCAAUAAUAAUUAUGGCAUUGCAGCAGUACAACAACAAUAACAACGCAAGAACAGUAAUACCUUUAGCCGCUAACAAGCUUAGUCUAGCAACAACAAAAGUUUUCGCUCAAUUAUCAUCCGCUUUUUUGUUGUUGUUGCUAUUGUUGAUGAUGGUGGUUGUAGGUAAUGGUGUAGUAAAAUUGGAUGGCGCACACAAUUUCGGGCAUUUUUGAAAGUACACUUAAGCAUAUUAUUGUUAUUUAUAUAACAAAACACAAACAACACAAAGCCACUCCUGACAACAGUCAGCAACAACACAACAACGCGACAACGUGAACACCCCCCAAGCAUUGGGCGUGAAAUCAAGCAUGUAGCCACCAACAGCCCACAGCAGCUGCCAAGGCAAAAAGUUUUCAACUAUAAAAGGACCCAGUCUUCUGUGUGUCUGCCGCAUACUGUUAACUGUUGCCGUAGAAUUUUCCACUUUCCACUUUUAUCUUUAUCUUAUUAUUGUUUUCAAGUUGUUGAUUUGGUUGUUGUUUGUCCUGCUUUUUUGUAACGCUUAUUUACGUUGUCCACUGAAAUCGUAGCCAAUUUGAAUGUUUUAAAAUUACGUACAUACAUACAAAUAAACAAAUAUAUAUUUUUAAAAUAUUACAUUUAAGUACUAUUUUAUAUUAUAAUUUGUAACUACAAUACAUACAUACACACAGACACACAUAAAUAAAUACUAGAGCAACAGUAAUUGUAAUUCGUACAAUAAAAAAAUAAACAUAAAAA